UUGGCACAGGACAUGCCACAACUGUAGUGAUGUGUAAUAAAAUAAAAAUAUCGAUAUUUUUAUUAAAAAUAGUCAUAACUUCGUCGAGCAUUUUGAAAUCAGAACCGAAUUAUAUAAAGCCCGCAUUGGAUAGAAAUAAUAUAGUCAAUAAAGGUAUUUGGAUAAGAAAUAGAAAUAAUAAUGAGUUCGAGAGGCCAACCAUCGGUGAAUUUAUUUAUCGACCGAAUUCACUAAAUCUGGACGAUUUAUUAGACAAUAAUUUUUAUGCGUCUGGUAACAAUUAUGUGGCAGAUUCACCGAUUAUAUCGAAUUACGUGGAGAGAUCGAAGAGGGCAUCAAAUUAUGAUAAGACAAAAACUAAUAGAAAAAAUAUAAAAGCCUGUGAUGGUCAACCUGAUUGCCCCAUAAAAAUGUUUACCGAGGAAAACACGUUAGGUAAAUCUGAAUUAAUAACGAAAUUGAGACCCGCAUCUGUAUUUAAUGACUAUCCGUAUGAAGUAGCCAUAUUGUUAGGUAAAACGCAAGACGUAAAAUCGGAUUCUGCGGACAAUUUGCAAAUAUUAGAUGAAAAUAAGUCUGAUAUUACAAAUUUAACUGAAGCUAAAAAUUUAUCAGAAAACAUUGUACCUAUUAGGAACCCUAACAUUAAAAUCAAUGACAAAAUUACAAGUAACAGUUCUAACAUAACAAUACCAAAGCGAAGCAUGAAAAGUGAUUAUGAAUCUAAGCUUAUUAAAAAAAUUGAAUACGAUGAAAUAAUAAAUGACCCUGUUGAGCCUAUAAAAUAUGGUCAAAAUGUGUUUGAUAAAGAUUCAGGAAUUUGGCAAAAGUAUACACAAAAAGUUGAGAAAGGUGGUAUAAAUGAAAGAGGAUUGAUUAAAGUAUUAUCAAUGCUCACUAAAACAUUUAAAAAAACAACUAAACAACAUAACGAUAUCAAAAAUAUUCAUAAUAAGAUACAGACAACAAAAGUGGAAAUGGAUAAAAAUUUAGAGGGCUUAACAGAAAAAUUCCGAGACUUUAAUGUCAAAUACACUUAUUUACUAAAUUUUAAUGAAAAAAUAAAACAAUUAGAAGCUAAAGAAGAAUAUUUAAAAAAGAAACACGACGAAAUAUCUCAGAACUUGAUAGAAUUUGAAAACCAGCAGAAAAAGUUUUUAGCGCAACAAAGACAAUUCUAUAACAUUCAAAAACUAAUGUUGGCUCAAAAUGAGAAAAUUAGUAUAAAACAAAAUCUAAUAGCAAAGACUCAAAGUGAAAUUUCUCACAGACAAAACAAUUUUGUUCGGAUAUUGAAAAAGGCUAAACAAAUAUACAUAGACAGCAAAAAAGUUACUAAAUUAAAUAACAAAGAGGAUAACGGAAAAGUUAAUCCUACAAAAGUUACACACACGACGACUUCAUCACCACUUACAACGGAAUCGAUAAAAAUAGAUUUGUUUUCCAUUCCCACUUAUACUGAACUUUUUAAUCAAGAUACACUUAUUCUGAAAGACAAGGAUGAACAUACUGUAGACGAUUUGAUUUAUAAAUAUUAUUUUAACAAUACAUUUAUAGAUAAUUUAAUGAAAAGCAAAGUACUAACAAAUUUUGUAACCAAAAAUAAAAAUACAGAUUUAACUAGAAAUAUAAAAAUUAAGAGAAAUAAAUUUAAGGAACCUAAAAAAUUUAAUACAACAAUAUUAAUACCAGUUAAUAAUUCAAAAAUAAAUCUUGGAGAAUCCAGUCAGAGGCAUAGAGAGAAAAGAUGGAUCCGCAAACAUUCCGCGGCCAAAUUUAAAAGACACAAUCGAGGCAAAUCAAGUGUUGUUACAGUUAAUCAUAUUGAUGACGCGAAACUAAACAAUAUUGUUGUGAAACCAACAAAUGUUAUGCCUAAUAUAAACGAAGAUGUUAAUGACCCAUUUAGGGUUAUGGCUAUAAACUUCUGUAAUGAAAUAGGUCAGAAUGUAAAUGAACAGGUACUUAGUUGGUGCAUAGAAAAAUCCUUGCGCAGAUUAAAGAGUAUUGAUAUGAAAUUUCCUUAUUCACCUGUUCCUGAACGAAAACCGACUAGAGGCAUAACAAACAAACCAACUGUUGAACAAAUUAAAAUAACAAAAGAUCUAAAAAGAUCCACGUUCUACUUCCUCCAGCUUGGCACAGUCAUCUUCUACAUCGCCACCGUCUUCAUUGAGUACAAAUCCAGUUUAGAUAAUGAAGAACUAGAGUCGAAUCUGAAACAAUACGAGAUUAGACCUGACACUGAAGGCAAUUUCUACUAUGAUGGUAGUUUGCAUGCCAGCGAUAUUGUUCCUACCGAUAGUGAUGGAUUCUCCGAGCUGAUGCCAGGCUUAGACAGCAACUCUCAUGUAGAUCUGGACCCUUUGGCCUUCGACCUUCAAUCUAGAAGACGGGCUUCAGUACGAAGAAUCAACGAAAACAUAUUAAGAAAAAUGGCGGGUAAAUGAUGCAAGCAAACCAAAUUGUUUCAAAUAUACAAGUAUAUAAUCAUAUCAUCUAUUAACUGUCUACUGCUAAAUACAAAGUUCCCCCUAUGGGGGGCUUUGCCAGUAGUUGCCAUAAUUGGCAGGUGAAUUAGCGACCGCAGUUAGGUCUUAGUGAUGUUUAAAGACGUA